CGAAGCCAGCGGGACGGGAGGCUGAGGGUUCCCUAAGCCAGCGAGGGGAAGAAGCGCUGGGGAAACAACGUAGAAAACUGGCCCAGCAAGAGGGAUUCCCCUUCUUUAUGUACUUCUCUUUGCCUAACCCUAAACCCAUCGACACCAUUUCCAUACUUAGUACAGCACCAUUCUUAUUAAUAACCUCAUCUCCUCCUUCUCCAUCCAGGUCUGUCGUCACACAGCUGCGUCGCUCUUCUACCACUCGCCUUCUGUGGUUUUGGCUUUGGCUUUGGCUAGGUAGGUCUGGUUGACCAAGUGGGGCGAACCCCUCGUCUCCAAUCCUGAGCCCCUCACUAAUCAGCUCUGACAACACCGUCUUCUACUGUACGGUACGGGUACACCAUCCACCGAACAUUGUAUUUUCUCUCAUUCCUUCUUCCACACUACAUGUUCCGCCUCUCUCAACUAGCAAGACAUUUCUCACGGCCGCUCCCGAAUUACUUGCACACAUCCGCUGUAACCGCGGCUAUCCGCUCUAGUCAAAUCAUGACAUCAUCAACUGUCGACGAGAGGAAUUCUCGCAUGAUCCAUACUGCAGCAUGUUUGAUCAUUGGGGAUGAGGUUUUGGGUGGGAAGGUACGGAUGUCACAAGCAAAACUCUCUUCAUGGUCAUUGAACAAGCAAUGGACCCUAAAGAUUGUCGAGAUGGUAUCCGGGUGCCAAAGAGGGGAUGAAAGUAAAUAUUGAGAAUAGAUAGCUAAUUCAGUUGUGCCAUAUAGACAGUAGACGUACGAUUCAUUUCCUCGAAGACUUCCUCGGUCUACUGAAGACACCACUAUGAUCACACCUUCACAGGUAGCCAUGACACUGACGGGAUACUAUAGACGAAUUCCGCUUUCAUGGCCAAAUUUUGUUUUGGACUAGGAAUGGUAUGGCAUCCUUCUAGGCAGUGAGAUACCAAUCGGGAUUAACACGUCGCCAUUAGACACUCAAACGAAUUGAAGUCAUUGCAGACGACGAGAGCGAAAUCAUAGAAGCUGUCCGUCGAAUGAGCAACACCUACGACUUUGUAGUAACAAGCGGAGGAAUAGGUCCAACGUAUGUAUAAUUCCCCAGUUACCAGUUACACUUCUCACUCCCAACAUCCUCUCCCACUGAAUCAAAAUAUACUAACCAUAUUGUAGCCACGACGACAUAACCUACCAAUCCAUAGCAACCGCCUUCUCCCUUCCCCUAAUCCUCCACCCCACCGUCCUCUCCAAAAUGAAAAAACUCUCCAAGCCCCACCCCUCACAAGUAGAUUUCUCUUGGGACGUCGACUCGCCCGCACGGCGCGCAAAAUACCGCAUGAUUGAGCUACCCACCGACACCUCCAUCCCCGGUUCCAAACAAGUUAUCUUUCCCUGCGACGACCUCUGGGUACCAGUCGCGUGUGUAAACGGGAAUGUCCACAUCUUACCCGGUGUACCGAGAUUAUUCGAACGGUUGCUGGAGGGGAUGAGAUCGAUUUUGUUGCCUAGGUUGCAGGAUCCCGAGAAGGGGAUGAAGAGGAUAUUGAUUAGUACGCCGAUGGUGGAGAGUGAGGUUGCGGGCUAUCUUACGGAGCUGGCGGGGAGGGUUGAGGGGAGGGGCGUGAAGGUUGGGAGUUAUCCGCGAUGGGGGAAGAAGAAUAAUACUGUUACUUUGGUUGGGAGGUAUGUUUUGUCUCUCUCAUUUUCCCUCUCUUUCGUUUUUUUCUUUCUCUUUCCUUUACCUCCUUCUUUCUUUUAUUUUAUCAAGGGACAGGAGGAAUGGUUGCUAAUUCGCUACAUAGAGAUCAAGAAUUUCUGGAAAGUCUCGUAGACGAAGUCGUCAAGAACGUCAAGGGGAAAAGAAUAGAAGGCGAGGGAGAAGAUGACGAGGACGCACCUGUUUCCUCACAGUAACAGGAUCUCUUUCACUCUCUCUCACUUACUCCGCUAUUUGUAGAAUGUCACUUAGACCCGACAUGAUCUCAGAGCAAGUUGUAAAUUGAAGAAAGACCUAAACAUAUAUAUCCCACCUCUUAACAAUCCAACGAAAACUUGAUCUACAGCUCCUA